AUGGCAGAAAAUAAUAAUAAUAAUAAUAAUAAUAAUAAUAAUAAUGUUUCAACACCACCACAUCAAAAACCACAUUUAACAACUGGUUUAAGAACUUCAAGUUCUGGUUUAUUAAUGGAUAAAAGAAGACAAGAUGAAGAAAAAUUUUCAGCUGAACAAGUAGCAAUGGGUAAAAAAUCACCAACAAAAUUAUUCUCAGCAUACAGCUUAAAUGAUUUAUCAAAUCCACCAACAGAUGAAGAAUUAAAUAACUAUAAGGAUUUACCAGCAUCAAGUCUUCCACCAAUUCAUAAAAGAGAGAAAUUAAGAAGAGUAUUUGUAAAUAGAGAUAUUAAACUCGACAGAAUUGAAUUCUUUGGUUUUGAUAUGGAUUAUACAUUAGCAGUUUAUAAUUCACCAGAUUUUGAAGAGUUGGCAUAUGAUAUGGUACUUGAUAAACUCAUUGAUAUUGGUUAUCCAAAAUCAAUUAGAAAAUUAAAAUAUGAUCCAAAUUUCCCAACUAGAGGUUUAUUUUUAGAUAGAGAACUUGGUAACCUUUUAAAAAUUGAUAGUUUUGGUAACAUUAUCAUUUGCGUUCAUGGUAGAACAACUUUAUCAAAAAAUAGAACCGCUGAAUUUUAUCCAAGUAUGAGAGUUAGUUCUGAUGAAAUCGCAAGAAAUCGUUUCUAUCUUUUAAAUACAUUAUUUACAUUACCAGAAGCAUGUUUAUAUGCAGAUUUAGUUGAUCAUUUAGAAAGAGAAAGUGGAUUAAGAUUGACUGAAGAAGUCGCUGAUGAACAACAACAAAUGAAUUCACCACCAUUAAGUAGUCUCGGUUCUGAGAGUGUUAGAAUCGAUGAGAGUAAUCAUCAACCAGAAGGCGAUCUCUCAUUUUCAAACCUUUUCCAAGAUGUCAGAACAGCUUGUGAUUUGGUUCAUAAUGAUGGUAGUUUAAAAACUAGAGUAUUAGAUGAUUUACCAAGAUACAUUAGAAAGACACCAGAUAUGCCAGUUUUCUUUGACAGAUUAAGACAAAAUAAAAAUAAAGUAUUCUUAUUAACAAACAGUGAAUUUUAUUACACAAAUAAAGUUAUGUCAUAUAUGAUGAAUGGAUAUAAUCCAAACUAUCAAUCAUGGAGAGAUUAUUUUGAUGUUAUUAUUGUUGGUGCAGAUAAACCAAGAUUCUUUUCAGAAGGUACAACAAUUAGAGAAGUUGAUACUGAAACUGGUAAUUUAAGAAUUACAAAUGUAAAGGAUAGAUUUGAACAAGGUAAAGUUUAUCAUGGUGGUUCUUUAUCAUUAUUCCAAAAAUUAACAGGAGCAAAAGGUAGUAGAGUACUUUACAUUGGUGAUCAUAUCUUUGCAGAUAUCAUUAAAUCAAAGAAAACUCAUGGAUGGAGAAAUCUAUUGGUUGUACCAGAACUUCAACAUGAAUUAGAGGUUAUGAAUCAACAAAAAGAUACAACCAUUCAUUUGAUGAAUCUUGAAUUCAUUAGAGCUGAAAUCUAUAGAGGCUUAGAUUCUGAAUCAACCACCCCACCAGAUAUUGAAGUUCUCCAUCAACAUCUUAAAAAUACAAAUGAUAAAUUGAACUUUGCCUACAACAAAUACUUUGGUUCCCUCUUUAAAAAUGGUUCAAAAUCAACUUUCUUCUCUAUGCAAGUUCAAAGAUAUGCUGAUCUUUACACCUCUGAUUAUCUCAAUCUCUUAAACUAUCCAUUAUUUUAUCAUUUUUGUGCAAAUAGUUUACCUCUUCCACAUGAAAGUUCUUCUUUCUCUUCUUUUGAUACAAGUAAUUAA